GGCCGGCGGCGACGGCGAGGACAGUCGCGAGAGGCCCCGCGGGAGCCGCCGGCGUCCACGCAGUCCCAGCGUGAGCCGCCGCCGUCGGCACCCCCGGCCGCAGUCCCCGCACCUACGGUGCCCGCCGCGCCGCAGCCGACGCGUGCCCGAGAGAGCGCCGAGCUGCCACUGCCCGCCGGCUGGGAGGAGGCUCGCGAUUACGACGGUCGUGUCUUCUACAUCGACCACAACACGCGCCAGACGUCGUGGAUCGACCCUCGCGACCGGAUAACAAAGCCAUUGACCUUUGCCGAUUGUGUUGGGGACGAACUUCCUUUAGGAUGGGAAACUGUAUAUGAUAAACAAAUUGGAAUUUAUUAUAUGGACCACAUAAAUAAGCUUACCCAGAUUGAGGAUCCAAGAGAGCAGUGGAGGCGAGAGCAGGAACGGAUGUUGAAGGAGUAUUUAAUUGUAGCCCAGGAGGCUCUCAAUGCCAAGAAAGAAAUAUACCAGAUCAAGCAACAGCGGUUUGAGCUGGCCCAGGAGGAAUACCAGCAGCUGCACAAACUGUGUGAGGACGACAGCCGCUCGUAUGCUAGCUCCUUCUCAGGAUAUUCAACAAAUACAAAGUAUGACCCACACCAAAUUAAAGCUGAAAUAGCAAGUCGUCGGGAUAGGCUUUCCAGAUUAAAACGAGAGCUGACCCAGAUGAAGCAAGAACUACAGUACAAAGAAAAGGGCGUGGAGACCCUGCAAGAGAUUGAUCGGAAGAUGUCAAGUGCUCACACCAACUACAAACUAGAUGAGGCACAGGCUAUAAUGAGUGAGCUGCGCACCAUCAAGAAAGCCAUUUGUACGGGUGAGAAGGAACGGCGAGACCUGAUGCAGAGCCUGGCCAAACUUACUGAUAGCUUUAAGAAUAGCUGCUGUAUUACCGACUCUAUCCAAGAUUUUUCUCACAGUGCAGGCGCACUUGGUGAUUCUGGUGUCCCUCAACAGUUCUGUGAUGCUGGCUCUCAGACUGAUACCAUGGGAGAGUUUGUCUUUGAUGACAAAACAAGACUUGUAGACCGAGUCAGACUUAAUUGGCAAUAUGAGGAAGCCCGAAAGAGGGUCGCAAACAUUCAGCAGCAGCUGGCCCAGCUUGCUAAUGAGUCAUGGCCAGGCAUGGCUGAGGCCGACAGGGACCGGCUGCAGCUCAUCAAAGAGAAGGAGGCCCUGCUUCAAGAGCUGCAGCUCAUCAUUCAGCAGCGGAGGUCGGCUGAAGAUGUGGCCAGGCUGGAGGAGGAGAAGAGACGCUUGGAAGAAGAGAUCCAGCGUGCGCGGGCCACAUCUGCACAAGGAGCAACAGAAAGGAUUCUACUUCAAGAAAAAAGAAAUUGUCUACUUAUGCAGCUGGAAGAAGCUACACGCUUAACAUCUUAUCUCCAGUCCCAGUUAAAAAGCCUGUCUGCCAGCACCCUGACAGUGUCCUCUGGGAGCAGCCGCGGGUCCCUGGCCUCCAGCCGGGGAUCACUGGCCUCCAGCCGCGGUUCGCUGAGCUCAGUCAGCUUCACCGACAUCUACGGCCUUCCUCAGUACGAGAAGGCCGAUGCUGAGUGCGGCCAGCUUCUACGCUUCGAUCUGAUUCCUUUUGACUCCCUGGGACGUGAUGUCCCCUUCUCAGACCCUCCAGGCCACCCGGGCUUCCACAAGCAGAGGCGGUCCCUGGACACGCCCCAGUCGCUGGCAUCACUGUCCUCCCGCUCUUCCCUGUCCUCUCUGUCACCCCCCAGCUCGCCCCUGGACACACCUUUUCUCCCGGCCUCGCGGGACUCUCCUCUGGCGCAGUUAGCGGAUGGUUUUGAAGUGCCAGGCCUGGGUGCCCUAGACAGACUGCGAGCACAGGCCUCUGCUUUGGGGGAUGAAGAUUUGCAGGGCACUGCAUUACUUCAACCACACGGAUUCUCUGGGGAUGGGGAAGGACCUCGUGAGCGUGGACCCCAACUGGCUGGGGCUCCCACCAAUGCAACAGUGACUCUGAGGGAAGACAGUGCCAAGAGAUUGGAGAGGAGAGCGCGCCGUGUCUCCGCAUGCCUGUCGGAUUACUCACUAGCCAGUGAUAGCGGGGUAUUUGAACCUCUAACCAAAAGGAAUGAAGAUGCUGAAGAGACUGCUUUUGGAGACACAUGUGGUAAUGACGACCCCCAGAUCCACGUGGGAUUUCUGCAUGACAGUGCCAGCGAAUGUCUUCUUGUGCACGUGCUCCAGCUGAGGAACUUUGCUGGGCUGGUAAUGAAGGAAGACUAUAAAAUCCACGUCCGCGUCUACUUGCCCCCGCUCGACUCUGGCACCCCCAACACUUACUGCUCGAAGGCUCUGGAAUUCCAAGCCCCACUGGUGUUUAAUGAAGUGUUCAGAAUCCCUGUGCAUUCCAGCAUGUUGACGUUGAAGUCACUUCAAUUAUAUGUGUGUUCAGUGAAUCCACAGCUGCAGGAAGAACUGCUGGGCAUUGCUCAGAUUAAUUUAGCUGAAUGUGACAGUUCAGGCGACAUGCAGCUGCGCUGGUACCCUGUGCAGGUCUUCGCCAGCUCAGAGCCACCGAGGUGGAGGGAGAAUGGGCGUGCUGGGGAGAGUGUCUCACGGGACCCUGGGCAUGCCAGCUUGGGAAAGACGGAUGCAGUGACAGUGUUGCUGGCUCGAACCACAGCGCAGCUGCAAGCCGUGGAGAGAGAGCUGGCCGAGGAACGGGUGAAGCUGGAGUACACUGAGGAGGAGAUCCUGGAGAUGGAGAGGAAGGAAGAGCAGGCCGAGGCCAUAUCUGAGAGGAGUUGGCAAGCUGACUCGGUUGACAGUGGCUGUAGCAACUGUACCCAGACCAGCCCCCCAUACCCAGAUCCCUGUUGUGUCAGUGUCAACUCCAUCCAUGGACACACAUUUACUGGCCAGGCAGAUCCUUACAGCUCUGAGAAGCUUCAGCCCCCACCUCUUAAGGUGGACAAGGAAACCAACACAGAAGAUCUCUUCCCAGAAGAAGCAGUGAGCAUCCUGAAGGAGCGGCCCAGCCGCCGCACCCGUGGGACACCUUUUGUUCGUAGUAGCACGAUUGUACGUUCUCAGACCUUUUCACCUGGAGCACGAAGCCAGUAUGUUUGCAGGCUUUAUCGUAGUGACAGUGACAGUUCAACACUGCCCAGGAAGUCCCCCUUUGUGCGAAAUACUUUGGAAAGACGAACCCUUCGCUAUAAACAGUCCUGUAGGUCUUCCCUGGCUGAGCUCAUGGCCCGCACCUCCCUGGACCUGGAGCUGGAUCUCCAGGCAUCUAGAACACGGCAGAGGCAGCUGAAUGAGGAGAUCUGUGCUCUCCGGGAGCUGAGGCAGAGGUUGGAAGAUGCCCAGCUCCGAGGCCAGACCGACCUCCCGCACUGGGUGCUCCGAGAUGAGCGGUUCCGCAGCCUGCUGAAGGAAGCAGAGAGGCAGACACGACAGACCAAACUUGACCAUCAUCAAGAACAAGCAGCUGAGAAGAUGCUAAAGAAGGCCUCCAAAGAGAUCUAUCAGUUGCGCGGGCAAAACCACAAAGAGCCCAUCCAAGUGCAGACCUUCAGGGAGAAGAUAGCAUUUUUUACAAGACCAAGGAUUAACAUACCUCCUCUCCCAGCCGACGACGUUUGAUGUAGUGCAUUGUGCACAGAAGUAUUUAUCUGCCUGUUUUAUUUUCAUGAAGUUCUUAGAUUAGCUAAAUUUGUCUUUAAAAUAUUUGUGCAAAGCUAUUAAUAUACACAUUUUGUAAAAAAAA